CACAGUGUGUAGAUCCGUUUCGCUGGGUUGGAUCCAUUUCGUUGGGUGGGAUCCGUUCCUCAUUCAAUUGACUCCGACCUCUUCUCUUCUUGAUUGGCACGAUUUGUUGCAUGUCCGCCAUAUGCUUCUCUCCUUUUGAUCCUGGUCUGCUCCACCUCUCCCGCUUCCAACUAGAUGCGUACAUCUUUUCCACCGCCUUCAUCACUUUUAAACAAGGAUAAAACCAUUUUCUUUCUCCCUUUUCGUUCCCUUUAAUCUCUACAUAACUUUCUUCAUCUUUCGCCACUUCUCUUCUACCCCCGAUACUGAUUACAGUGAAACAAGCUUCUCGGUUUCAUAUUAAAAGUAAAGGAUAAAAGAAAAAAAUAGUUCGAUGAGAAUAAAAUGGAAUCUGGUGUAAGCUGGUCUUCUGUUUUUAGCGUAGACCUGCGAACGUGGCAAGAUCAGGUAAUUUAUCCACAAGAUUUCCUAGAAAAUGACUACAUGAACGCACAUACAAAAGAUAAGAUACAUACCCCUGAUUCUAGUCCUACUGCUAGUAAUAACUUUCGUCUUCUCCCAAUCCUAUCCUUCACUGAAGGCAAACAUUCUUCACUUCUCGUCGAAGCGAUGGCGGCGGCGACAGCGCUUAGUUUUAAUUUGGUUGGAGCUUUUAGAGGACUUUCGUUUGGUUCAAGCUCUUCCUCUUCCUUCUUCAAAGGAGAUUUUGGAUCGGUUCCCGCUGCGCGUAAGAUUUCAAUUUCGCUCCCGAUAAGAACCCCAUUGACGAUACAGAAUGCGCACAAAAAAGGAGCUGGAAGUACAAAGAACGGUCGUGAUUCAAAAGGUCAGAGGCUUGGUGUUAAGAUUUACGGAGACCAACUUGCGAAGCCUGGCGCAAUCAUUAUUCGACAACGCGGAACAAAGGUGCAUCCAGGAAAGAAUGUUGGGAUUGGCAAAGAUCACACUAUUUUCUCUCUAAUUGAUGGAUUGGUGAAGUUUGAGAAAUUUGGACCUGAUAGAAAAAAGGUGAGUGUUUACCCGCGUGAAGUGCAGCCAGAAAAUCCAAACAGUUACAGAAAUAGGAAGAGAGAAUCGUUCAGGCUACAGCGUGAACGCAGGAAAGCAAGAAAAGAGCUUAGGGAAGGGACUGCUGUCCAACCUCUGUUGGUGCUGGCUUCAGCUAAAGGAACUGUUACUGCUACUGAUACUGUCAUUGCCACUGCCGAUUGCUGAUUUAGACUUCACAAUGUAAUCUUGAUUCAUGAGGGAUGAUAAAUAUUUGGACAAGGUCUGUGUCACAGUUUACAAGUAUUAUUUUUUUUGUAUGUGUAUUAUUUUCUGUGAAAAUGGUGCCUGUAAAGUACUCUUUUAAGUUUUUUCCUACUUCGAACCAUAUUAAGCUUCUACUCUUUAUUAGCCUACAUAUUAAAAAGAAAGCUUACAGCUUGAUACAGGCAUAUUCU